AUGCCUGCGGAGUGGGAGCAGAAAGCCCGGCAGAAGCGAGAGGCGCUUGCCGACAAGAUCCCCUCUGAAUGUCGACUACCCUCACACUUAAUCGAGAAAGCAAAGGUGACGGACAAUAUUCUCGGUAUCCCUCGCGAGUCUGGUAUCCUCAGCGAGGAGGAACUCACUAUCACCGAGAACUAUGAUGCCACGGCGUUGCUGGAACGACUUACCACGGGCCAGCUCACUGCUUCUAAAGUUGCGACGGCCUUUUGCAAGCGGGCCGCAAUAGCGCAGCAGCUCACCUGUUGCUUGACGGAGAUAUUCUUCGAUCAGGCCAUUGCCCGUGCGGAAGAGCUGGAUCGUCAUCUGGCUGCGACCGGGAAGCCGGUUGGCCCGCUGCAUGGUAUCCCGAUCAGCUUGAAGGAUUCCUUCAAUGUCAAAGGGGUCCAUACCACGCUGGGCUAUGUUUCGUUUCUCGAUCGACCCCCACUGUCCGUGAAUAGCCCGAUGGUAGACCUGCUAUUGCGAGCCGGAGCCAUCAUCUAUGUCAAGACUCAUCUACCCCAGACGAUGAUGACUUGCGACUCCCAUACGAAUGUUUUCGGCCGCACUCGCAACCCAUACAGCCGGUGCUUGACAGCGGGCGGUAGCUGUGGUGGCGAAGGUGCUCUGAUAGCUAUGCGCGGGUCGAUUCUCGGCGUUGGAACUGAUGUGGGUGGAUCAACUAGAAUUCCCUCGUUUUGUUGUGGCAUCACGGGCUUCAAGGCUUCGGUUGGAAGACUUCCAUUUGCUGGCCAGACACCACCGGGACGACUCGGCCUUGCGGGAGGCAUAGGAGUUGCACUUGGUCCUCUCAGUACUUCCCUCAGAGAUGCAGACCUGUUCUUCCGCACCAUAGUAUCGUCACGCCCUGAGGAUAUGGAUGACAACUCGCUCGGGUUUUCUUAUAUCGAGCCGCCACCGUUGAAACACCAGCUUACCAUUGGGAUUCUGCCCGAGGAUCCCGAGUUCCCUCUACAGCCACCCAUGUACCGAACAAUAACUACCGUCGCCCAGAAGCUUGCGGCUGCUGGCCACCGCGUUAUUGACCUUCCAUCCGGCGACCUUCCAUCCUUGGCGAGCACAUGUAAGCUCGCGUUUCGCUUCUUCAAACUGGAUCCCGAUCGCACCCCUUUGCAAAAUAUAAAGAACGGUGGCGAGCCAUAUGUUCCUUCGCUUAGUGUGCUAUAUGAUCUGGAUAAUCCUGGCCCAGAGCCCACUCUGCGUGAUCUUUACGACCUCAAUGUUGCCAAAGCGCAAGUAGCGGCGAAGAUGCGGCAAGCGUGGUUGAAGAGCGGAGUGGAUGUGGUUAUAGCCCCUGCCUAUCAAAGCUGCGCUCCCCUGCAUGACACAUACGGCGACAAUGUGUACACUGUUAUCUGGAACGUGGUUGAUUAUCCGGCCUGCGUUAUCCCUGUUGGAAAUGCCAAUAAGGCGGCUGACGCGAAGUUUACACGCGACGUCGCGUAUACUCCCGCUUACCAGCCGGAUCAGAUCGAAGGGGCGCCUUGCCACGUGCAGAUCGUCGGCAGGCGGUUGAAGGAUGAGGUUUUGCUGCAGCAUGCAAAAGUUAUUGACAAGAUACUGGCCGAAGAAAAUUAA